AUGGUUGACGCCCUGCUGCCGAGGCAGCCUGCGGACACUCUGGUUGCCAGAGUGAGCCUCUGUUGUUCUCACUCUGAAUGCAGUGAGCGGCCUUCAGAACGCAGCCAGCUGCCAGGAUUGAACCUUCCAUCCAGCGUGAGCGUCACCCGUUGGCUGGGCCAGUCUUGGUGUCAGGACCGCACAGCCCGCCUGGGCAAACGCUGCCCCGCGUUCGAUGCCAGCACUCCAAAGCUGGGUGUUUCCUUUGCAUGCCGUUACCCCGAAUGCCUUUCCAGCACACGGCUCUUGUGCAGCGGGGCCAGAACCUGCGAGCUGGGGACAGAAGCUGGCGUCUGUCUGCAGUACAUGAUCACAUCACUGGACCGCACCCAUGCCGGCGUCUACCGCUGCAUCGUCCGCAAUCGGAUGGGGGCCCUUUUGCAAAGGCAGACGGAAGUCCAGGUGGCAUACAUGGGCAGCUUCGAGGAGAGCGAGACGCACCAGAGCGUGUCCCACGGCGAAGCGGCCGUCAUCCACGCCCCCCGCAUUGCCAGCUUCCCCCAGCCCCAGGUCACCUGGUUCCGGGACGGUCGGAAAAUCCCCCCCAGCAGCCGCAUAGCCAUCACACUGGAGAACACCCUGGUCAUCCUGUCGACAGUGGCACCCGACGCCGGCCGGUACUACGUGCAGGCCGUGAAUGACAAGAACGGAGAUAACAAGACAAGCCAGCCCAUCACUCUCACCGUGGAGAAUGUCGGCGGCCCGGCCGAUCCCAUCGCUCCCACCAUCAUCAUCCCACCAAGGAACACCAGCGUGGUGACCGGCACCUCAGAAGUGACCAUGGAGUGCGUGGCCAACGCCAGGCCGCUGAUGAAGCUGCACAUCGUCUGGAAGAAGGACGGGGCGCCGCUGUCCAGCGGGCUCAGCGACUACAACCGCCGGCUCACCAUCCUCAACCCCACGCUGGGCGACAGCGGGUACUACGAGUGUGAGGCCGUGCUGCGCAGCAGCAGCGUGCCUGCCGUGGCGGAGGGGGCCUUCCUCGCCGUGCUGGAGCCGCCCCAGUUUGUCCAGGAGCCGGACAGACACGUCACGGCUGAGAUGGAGAAGGUGGUGACCAUCCCUUGCCAGGCCAAAGGCGUCCCGCCACCAGCCAUGGCAUGGUACAAGGACGCAGCCCUUGUGCAAGUGGAGAAGCUCUCGCGGUUCCAGCUGCUGGGCGACGGGAGCUUGCAGAUCAGCGGGCUGGUGCCUGAUGACACCGGCAUGUUCCAGUGCUUUGCCCGCAACGCUGCCGGCGAGGUGCAGACCUCCACGUACCUGGCAGUGACCAUCACUCAGCGGGUCAGGCAAGAGGGGGUGCAGGGCGCUGGAAGCCCCGGGACGCCCUGCCAGGAGAAGCUCGAGGAAAGCGGGCUGGGGCUCCAAGAAGACGGGCUGGGAGCACCUGGAUGCCGGCGGGGAGCUCAGGAAGGAUGCUCUGAGGCCCCGGAUGCAACUGAUGCCUGCCAAGAGCUCGGGGAACAGUGUGGCAGGUACAUCUGGGAGAAGGACGGCGUGCCCAUCAGCGUGGACGGCAUCCCGCGGCUCCGGCUGGACGAGGAGGGCACCCUGCACAUCUCCCAGACCUGGUCCGGGGACAUCGGCACCUACACCUGCCGGGUCCUCUCCACCGGGGGCAACGACUCCCGCAGCGCCCACCUGCGUGUCCAGCCCCUGCGCUGCGCCACCCUGCCUCCUCCUGCCACGGGGUCCCCUCCCGCCACAGGCGACUCCGUUGAUUGUUGCGAGCCCUGGUGCCCGCCCGCUACCUACCAGUUCCCGCCUCUGCGGCUGCCAACGACCCUGGCAAAGGGCAAUUCAAGCCAGGACACCGAGAGGGUGUCCCUGCCGGAGGAGCCCCCCACCGCACCCCCCCAGAAACGUCAUCGCCAGCGCAGGACCAACCAGAUCCAUUCUAUGAUCCAGGUGGCAGCCACCCUCCUGAGACGCCAGUCAAACGGUCCUCCUGAAAGGUACCUCAUCAGCUUCUGCCUGGCCGCCUGCCCGUCGGCUACCAAUUCAAGAACAUCACCAGCCGAGGUCAACAACCUGCUCCUGGAGAUCUCAUCAUCUGGACCAACUACGAGAUUCGAGGUGGCGAGCUUCCACCGUGCCCCGGGAACGUACAGGCGAGGCACCAACGCCACCACCAUCCGCUUCACCUGGAACCGCCCAGCCCAGUUCAAUGGCAUCAACCAGGGCUACAAGCUGAUCGCGUGGGAGCCGGAGCAGGCAGAGGAAGUGACCGUGGUGACGGUGAGGCCCAACUUCCAGGACAGCAUCCACGUGGGCUACAUCGGGGGCCUGAAGAAGUUCACGGAGUACUUCACCUCCGUGCUGUGCUUCACCACGCCGGGCGACGGCCCGCGCAGCCCGCCGCAGCUGGUGCGCACCCACGAGGACGCGCCUGGCCCCGUGGGGCACCUCAGCUUCAGCGACAUCCUGGACACGUCGCUGAAGAUCAGCUGGCAGGAGCCCCUGGAGAAGAAUGGCAUCCUGACUGGCUACCGGAUCUCCUGGGAGGAAUACAACCGCACCAACACACGGGUGACGCACUACCUGCCCAACCUCACCCUGGAGUACCGCGUCACCGGCCUCACCGCCCUCACCACCUACACCAUCGAGGUGGCUGCCAUGACAUCCAAGGGGCAGGGCCAGGUGUCCUCCUCCACCAUCUCCUCCGGGGUCCCUCCAGAGCUCCCCGGCGCGCCGACCAAUCUGGGCAUCUCCAACAUCGGCCCGCGCUCCGUCACACUCCAGUUCAGGCCAGGCUACGACGGGAAGACUUCCAUUUCCCGCUGGCUGGUGGAAGCUCAGGUGGGUCAGAUCGGCGAGAAUGAGGAGUGGGAGCUCAUUCACCAGCUGGCCAACGACCCCGACGCCCGCUCCAUGGAGGUGCCCAACCUCCACCCAUACAUGUACUACAGCUUCCGCCUGCGGCAGGUGAACAUCGUGGGCACCAGCCCGCCCAGCGUGCCCUCCAGGAGGAUGCAGACCCUGCAGGCUCCCCCCGAUGUGGCACCUGCCAACGUCACCCUGCGGACGGCCAGCGAGACCAGCCUGUGGCUGCGCUGGAUGCCGCUUCCGGAGCUGGAGUACAACGGGAACCCGGAGUCGGUGGGCUACAGGCUGCGGUACACGCGGGCGGACGGGCGGGGCAGGACGGUGGCGCACGUGAUCCACGACCGGGUGGAGCGGGAGUACACCAUCGAGGACCUGGAGGAGUGGACGGAGUACCGCGUGCAGGUGCAGGCCUUCAACGCCAUCGGGGCCGGGCCCUGGAGCCACGUCGUGCUGGGACGCACCAGGGAGUCAGUCCCCUCGUCCGGCCCAACCAACUUGUCCGCGCUGGCCACCACCUCCAGCAGCAUGCUGAUCCGAUGGAACGAGAUCCCCGAGGCGGAUCGCAACGGGCUCAUCCUGGGCUACAAGGUCGUGUACAAGGAGAAGGAUUCCGAUGCGCGGGCCCAGUUCUGGCCGGUGGAGGGGAACGCCUCCCACAGCGCCCAGCUCGCGGGCCUGGGCAAGUACGUGCUGUAUGAGAUCCGCGUGCUGGCCUUCACCCGCAUUGGAGACGGCGCGCCCAGCACCCCGCCCAUCCUGGAGAGGACUCUGGACGACGUGCCCGGGCCCCCAGUGGGCAUCCUCUUCCCAGAAGUGAGGACCACCUCAGUCCGGCUGAUCUGGCAGCCUCCAGCCGCGCCUAACGGUAUCAUUCUAGCAUACCAGAUCACCCACCGCCUGAACACCACCAGCGCCAACGCUGCCACCGUGGAGGUGCUCAACCCCAGCGCCCGCCAGUACACGGCCACCGGCCUGCAGCCAGAGUCGACCUACCUCUUCCGCAUCACAGCGCAGACCCGCAAAGGCUGGGGCGAGGCGGCUGAGGCACUGGUGGUGACCACCGAGAAGAGAGACCGCCCGCAGCCCCCCAGCAAGCCCAUGGUGCAGCAGGAGGACGUGAAGGCCCGCAGUGUGCUGCUCUGCUGGGAGCCGGGCAGCGACGGCCUCUCCCCGGUCCGAUACUACACCGUGCAGUCCCGCGAGCUGCCAGCUGGCGAGUGGACGCUGAACUCCGCCUCAGUCAGCCACAAUGCCACCUCCUUUGUCGUGGACAGGUUGAAGCCCUUCACCUCCUACAAGUUCCGUGUCAAGGCGACCAACGACAUCGGGGACAGCGAAUACAGCCAGGAGUCGGAGUCACUCACCACCCUGCAGGCCGCCCCAGAGGAAGCCCCCACCAUCCUCUCAGUCACGCCUCACACCACCACCUCCGUCCUGAUCCACUGGCAGCCCCCCACCGAGGACAAGAUCAAUGGGAUCCUGCUGGGUUUCCGGAUCCGCUACCGCGAGCUGGUCUACGACGGGCUGCGCGGCUUCACCACACGCAGCCUCAGCAGCCCCGGCGCCAAGUGGGCAGAGCUCACCCCAGGGUACGCCGUGCGGAACCUGUCCGGAGCCGGCCUCACGCACCACGAACUGGACAAUCUGAGCAAGCACAGGCGUUACGAGAUCCGCAUGAGUGUGUACAAUGCCGCAGGUGAGGGGCCCUCCAGCACCCCCCAGGAGGUCUUCGUAGGCGAGGCAGUGCCCACUGCCCCGCCACAGAACGUCGCCAUUCAGACCACCACAGCCACCCAGCUGGACAUCACGUGGGAGCCGCCGCCCUUGGAGGCGCAGAACGGCGACAUCCAGGGCUAUAAGAUCUAUUUCUGGGAGGCUCAGCGCCAGAAUAGCACGGAGCGGGUGAAGACACUGUUCCUGCCUGAGAAUGGGGCCAAGCUGAAGAACCUCACGGGAUACACCUCGUACCUGAUCACCGUCUCAGCCUUCAACGCUGCCGGGGACGGACCCCGCAGUGCCCCUGUCAGGGGCAGAACGCAGCAGGCAGCCCCCAGCGCCCCCAGCACCAUCCGAUUCAGCGAGCUGACCACCACCUCGGUGAACGUUUCCUGGGAGCCGCCUCUGCUGCCCAACGGCAUCCUGGAAGGGUACAGACUUGUCUAUGAGCCCUGCAUGCCUGUGGACGGCGUGAGUAAGAUCGUGACGGUGGAUGUGAAGGGGAGCAGCCCCCUGUGGAUGAAGGUGAAGGACCUGGCGGAGGGUGUGACGUACCGGUUCCGGAUCCGGGCCAAAACCUUCGCCUACGGGCCCGAGAUCGAGGCCAAUAUCACCACGGGGCCAGGGGAAGGUGCCCCUGGACCACCAGGUGAGCCCUUCAUCUCCCGGUAUGGCUCAGCCAUCACUAUCCACUGGGCGAAUGGGGAUCCUGGCAAGGGGCCCAUCACCCGAUACGUCAUCGAGGCCCGGCCCUCAGAUGAGGGGCUGUGGGACAUCCUCAUCAAGGACAUCCCCAGGGAGGUGACCUCCUACACCUUCAGCAUGGACAUCCUCAAGCAGGGGGUCAGCUACGACUUCCGGGUCAUCGCAGUCAAUGACUACGGCUAUGGGACACCCAGUGCACCCUCCCCUUCCGUCUCAGCCCAGAAAGCCAACCCCUUCUACGAGGAGUGGUGGUUCCUGGUGGUCAUCGCCUUGGUCGGGCUCAUCUUCAUCCUCCUGCUGGUCUUCGUCCUCAUCAUCCACGGGCAGAGCAAGAAGUAUGCCAAGAAAUCAGACUCAGGGAACAACUCCAAGGCGAACGCGCUGAGCCACGGGGAGAUGGUGAGUCUGGACGAGAGCAGCUUCCCUGCCUUGGAGCUCAACAACCGGCGCCUCUCUGUCAAGAACUCCUUCUGCAGAAAGAACGGGAUCUACACCAGGUCCCCGCCGCGGCCCAGCCCCGGGAGCCUGCAUUACUCCGACGAGGACGUCACCAAGUACAAUGACCUCAUCCCGGCCGAGAGCAGCAGCCUGACGGAGAAGCCCUCAGAAAUCUCGGACUCCCAGGGGAGCGACAGCGAGUACGAAGUGGAUCAGAACCACCAGAAGGCCCACUCCUUCGUCAACCACUACAUCAGCGACCCGACCUACUACAACUCCUGGCGGCGCCAGCAGAAGGGCAUCUCCCGGGCCCAGGGCUACAGCUACACAGAGAGCGAUUCCGGCGAUCCCGACCACUGCCCCUUGUUCAACAGCACCAGCACCCAGCAAGGCAGCCUCUUCCGGCCCAAAGUCAGUAGGACUCCAACCCCCCAGACACCCGUCAACCCCCCCAGCCAGCAGAGCACCCUGUACCGCCCCCCCAGCAGCCUGGCGCCAGGCUCUCGAGCCCCCAUUGCAGGAUUUUCUUCUUUUGUUUGAUGGCUUCAAAAGAAAUAAAGAAAAGCGAAAAAGGAGAAAAAAUCCCAAACCCACGUUUACGUCCAGAGUUAUUUUUUCCGAGGCGAAGGAGACGUCGCGGCAGGGCGAGCCCAGCGCUGGCCGGGGAGAGAAAAGCGGACCCGGUUCGGAUUCUAAUCAUUUGCUGCUUCCAGAGGCGCUUGGAGCCCUAUAGAAGAGGAACCCCUUGAAAGGACCUUUGCAAAAGCUUGCAGUCCAGCUGGGGGGGCCUCCUCUUCUCUCUGAGGCUGAGGCGCGGAGAGGAAAGUCACAGGGUAAAGGACGGCAGCAGGUGGGCUCCCGGACAACGCUAGUGUCUCCACAUGGCGCUGGCUCCUUGCAACCGGGUUUACUCAAGGGCCUUUGCUAACAGGACAAACUCACCCCUUUUUGGCCAAAGCUUUCUUUGUGCAAUCCCUGAGAGGCCAGCCAGCUAGCAGCAACCCGUGGCGUCCAAAGGAGCGGGGCGUGGAAGUGCCGUCGGCCAGCGUGGUCGCACAAGACUUCAACCAGCGAACCCACGCCACUGACCAGAGGUGUCCUCGGCCCAGCACGGCAGAGCCUAAUGUGGGAUGGGAACGGUGCUGCUCUUCCACUCAGCGUUAGGUGGGAACAACGCCUGCGGGCCCUUGCUUCCCAGUGGGCCGCGGACGUGCCCGAUGGCCCAUGUGCUGGAUGUGGGACCCGCUUUGCCAGGCUGCCCACUCGGCUCGCCAGUCCCUCCUCUGCCUGUCUCCUCUCCUGUCUCCCCGUGACGUACCAUGUCAGAGUGUGGAAAAGUGACAAACCGAAACACACAGCCCGUAUGCAGCCAUUUGGUUUGCUGCUUUGGGGCGGGAUGUGGUGGGUGGAGAGUGGAUUUGGGAGGGACGGGGAUGCUGGAGUUGUAAUCGAUUUACUUGAAUCCUUCUGGAGGAGACAUCCCCCUCCCAGCCCCCCUUAUCCCUGGCGAGAAGUGCUGCCCACUGGGGAGGGGGCCUCUGUGACCGAACUGCACCACGGGGCAGGUGACCAGCACGGGGAGAGUUGCUUAUCGGCACCGACAUUUGGUUUGGGGUGGCAAUUCAUUUCUUCCUUCCUUGGCCCCAUCCUGGAGGGGGGAGGGAAAGGAAAAUGCCCCAGGGCCCGGGAUGGUUGUGGGGCAAGAUGUAUCCUCUGCCUACAACGUGGUCCUUUCCCCCUGGCUUGGGAUGGAUGCCGCCCCUUUAACUCCAGCAGAAUAGGGGGGCAGGGCAGGGCGGGGCUCUGCUGGCGUGAUGGAUUGGCAGCCGCAGUCUUUGUGUUCUGUUUUAGUGCCCAGGUUUGGCAAGGGAUGCGAGGGGGGGGCCAGAACCGGGAGGAGGGGGAUCGGUGGUGGUGGUUGUUUCCAGCAUUGCAAAACACACACAGUGCCUACUCGUCAGCUGGAUCCCGAACUCCUCAGCCGUCUGCCCUUCCGCACGGGUGCAAAGUACGAGUGGAGGGUCCGGCUGUUCCCCGUCCUUCUGUGAAUGGGGUCCGGAGCUGUCACCGUGGUGAUUGGCUCCAUCCAUGACGCCGCACGAGCUCUCGCCUGUAUUUGCACAUUCUCGGCCCAGGCUGGUUGACAGAGGAUUGAACCUGGUGCGUGGGGUCCCUUUAAUAAAGACUCAAAAG